AUGACUUCCGCUGCGCCCAUCGGUUCCUUGGUGGUGAUUGAGAUGUCCGCGGAGGUCGGCGAGGAGACGGUGGGGUGGCUGAGGUCGAGGAUCGUGGCCGGCAAGCGGUCGAACGGGGCAGAGCUGGAGGCGCAGAUCGUGCCGAGGUCGGGCGGCCCGAAGGGGACGGUCCUGCUGGUGAGCGCCUCCGCGGAGAGGCUCCUCCGGGGGGCCGAGGAGCUGGGCCUGAUGAAGGAGGACAAGGAGGGCAACUUCAAGCCCUUCAAGCUGGCCGACAGGCGAGACUUCGCGCUGGACGAGACCUACCUGAUCAGUCUGGCCGAAGGCUUGUACAUCAUCAAGCGGGAGCUCGACGCCUUGAAGGCCGUCGACGAGGAGCACGUGCCCGGGGAGCCCGGGGUCAAACUCUACCCGGGGCAGCCCAUUUUGGCCCAGCUGCUGCUCAGCAAGAUGGCGGCUCAGGUCUUCCCGCUCCACGACCGGGAGGAGCUGGAGAGACUGUGGGAGAGCAAGCGCUACCUGAUCACGCAGCCCCUCGACCCGAUCAGGGACUACUUUGGCGAGUCCGUGGCCAUGUACUUUGGCUUCCUGGGCUACUUCACCUGGGGGGUGGCCUUCAAGACGUUGCUGGAGAUCUUCCUGUACGUCGCCAACCUCAAGGAGCGCGGGGGCAACGCCCUGAGCGCCGUCUACAACAUCGUCUGGGUCACGGCCUUCCCCAAGGGCUGGAAGAGACGCAGUUCGGCCAUGGCCUACAAGUGGGGCACGCUCCAGCACAAGGCUCCCGGUGGGCUGCCCGACGAGCUCCGCCCGGGCUUCGUGGGCAAGCUGGGCACCAACCCCGUCACGGGCAAGACGGAGCCCGUCUUCCUGGACCGCCAGCGCUACCUCCGGGUCCUGGGCGCCUCGCUGCCCUUCACCUGCUUCAGCCUGUACAUCACGCUGCUGCUCAUGCAGACGUUCCUGCACCUGGACGGGUUGGCCAAGGCCAAGCACGCGAAGGAGAAGAGCGGGCAGAGCGCGGUGCUGAGCUACACGCCGCUGCUGGGCUACUGCCUGGUGCUGGAGCUGCUCAACAAGAUGUACCUGGUCUUGGCUCAGGCCUUCACGGAGCUGGAGAACCAUCGGUCGGCCUCCAGCCACGACAACCACCUGCUGGCCAAGAUCCUCACCUUCUACUUCGUCAACAACUUCGGGAUGCACUACUUCCUGGCCUUCUACCGCCGCGACUUCGACCUCCUUUCCCAGACCAUUUCGGCUCAGCUCCUGGUCCACCAGGUCUUCGGGCAGCUGCUGGAAGGGGGUCUGCCCUACUGGAUGGUGGUCUUCAAGAGGAACAAGAUCGAGAGGAGCCUCCCGCCGUCCACCAAGGCCGGGCUGCACCUGAUCGAGACCGAGGGGGCCCUGAACCCCUCGAAGGACGCGCUGCUCAAGGAUUACCUGGAGCUGUUCCUGAUGUUCGGCUACGUCAACCUCUUCUCCAGCAUCGCUCCUCUCAGCGCCGCUCUGUGCUUCCUGCACAACCUCACGGGGAUCCAGGUGGACGGGGUGAGGUUCAAGAAGGUCCUCCAGCGGCCCUUCCCCGAGCCUUCCUCCGACAUCGGGAUGUGGCAGCUGGCCUUCGAGUACCUCUCGUCCCUCGCCAUCGUCACCAACUGCGCCCUGAUCAGCACCUCGCCCGAGUUCCGCUCCCUCUUCGACCUCCCCGACGUCCAGUACUUCCUGAUGACCGUGGCCAUGGAGCACGGGCUGCUGGGCGUCCAGCAGGUGGUCCACACGGCCGUGCCCCGGGUGCCCUCGGACAUCGCCGUGCGGCUGGAGAAGAUGGAGCGGGGCUGCCCGGGUGGGGGGCCGUGCCCGCCCCAGCGGAAACUCACCACCGAAGAGACGACCACCGAGUACUUGGACUGUCUGGAGGCCUGUCUGACCCGCGCCUUAAACCAAUUAAACAAAAACUAUCAACCGUGA